UGUAAAGUAUUUUUUAAGAAGUGCUAAAUUCUAAAAAUCCAUCCCUCUAGUGGCCAGAGCUGAUGCAAGCAAUGGACUGCGAAAGAAGUGAUCAGAUUCCAAGAGACGAGAGCAGCAGGAUUGAUGGACAGCAGCGGCAUGUUUUGAGGCAAAAGAUAUGUGCAGCGAUUUGCUCUCAUCAUCAGUACGGGUACGGCGCCGAUCGAUGCAUCCAUCGGUCAGUCGUUUCAGGCAUCGUCUCCUCCAUCUAUUGCUACCAGUACUGCUCUAUUCCGACUGGCAGGCAGCAGCAGCUACACUACACAUUGACGGAUUUUGUGGUUGCAUUCGCGCGGCGGCCUCCUUUCCUAUCGUUUCAUGGAAUGGGUUUUAUCAGUAAUCUACAUUUAAGAUUUUAAAAUGCUAAUUAUCAGCACGGAGGAUCAAAUAAGACCGAGGGCUCCAAAGAAGCAAUGCCUGUCUUUAACACGCGUUCAAAUCAACCGAGCACCAUCCAGCCCACAAAGCUACUGCUCCCUCUUCCAUACGAUCAUGUUAAAAGAGUUUUGACAGGGAUUAAUGUUGAGCUGAAUUUAUUUUGAUGCUCCUGAAAGGUAGCAAAAGUAUAAGGAACCAUGAGUGAUGGUUGGAUUGAAAAAAAAUAGCCUUUCAUUGUUUGCUCCAUAGCUGAUAAGCCGUAAAAAAAUAAACGAAACAACCAAAAUUAUUUUAUAAAUAAAACUUUUAUAUCUGUAUUCUUAGCGAUUUAAAUUUUGGUGGAAGAGGAUAACAAUUAAUUUAAUUUAAUUAUUCCGAAAAAUAGUAUUAGUACAGUAUGAAAAGAAAAAAAAGCUCAUAUUGACUGGCAUCACCUGUUAGUAAUGGCAAAUUGGCAAUGGCGUUAACUCUUCCCCCACCAACCGUAAAAAACCUCCAUUCACCUCAUCUGCCACUUUGCCCCCAUUCACCUCACCUAUCCUUGCUCAAAGACUGUCUUAUUUAUCACCUUCUCAAUAAUCCUCACAAUCUUGCAAACUCUGCAAUUCAACAACAGUGAAGUACUACAACUACUCCAGUUUCUAGUAACAAACAGUACUUGCAGCUGGUUGGAGUUGAUAACAAGAAAGAAGAAAUGGAGGUGAUGGACGGAGCAGCCAUGGCUGAGAAGCUGCUGUACCCACCACCGCUUCUCUCCCACGAGGAGGUCGCCAACGACAGAGCGGCCUUCAUGGACACCCUCAGGCGCUUCCAUUCCCUCAUGGGCACCAAGUUCAUGAUCCCUGUGAUUGGAGGCAAGGAGAUGGACUUGCACGCUCUCUAUGUGGAGGUCACCAGCAGAGGCGGCCUCGCGAAGGUGAUGGAGGAGAGGAAAUGGCGGGAGGUGAUGGCGCGGUUCAGUUUUCCCGCGACGACGACGAGCGCGUCGUACGUGCUGAGGAGGUACUACCUCAGCUUGCUCCACCACUACGAGCAGGUCUACUUCUUCCGCGCCCAUGGCGCCCUCCUCCGCCCUGCUGCGUCGGCGCUGACGAAGACGCCGAGGAGGAAGAUGAGAGGAACCUCCGAUCAGUCGCCGGCGGCGGCGGAGGCCGGGAAGAGAAUGGCGCUCCCGGAGCGGCUAGGCGGAGGUAGGCGGCCACCGGCGAAAGACGCCAUGGAUUCCGUUGCUUGCUUGCUUCUCCACUCCGAUGAUGAUGUGGUGGUUGCUGCGUGCAGAGCCCUGCAGCUUCAGCGUGACCGGCUCCAUCGACGGCAAGUUCGAGCACGGCUACCUCGUCACCGUCAAGAUCGCCGCCGAGACGCUGCGAGGCGUGCUCUACCGCGUCGCACCACCACCACCACCACCAGCAGCACCACCACCACCGCCACCGCCGGCGAGGGGCCGGCGGCGGCGAGGGCGGCGGCAGCGCGACCCGGCGCAGCCGAGGCCGAACAGGAGCGCCUACAACUUCUUCUUCAAGGAGAAGCACCCGGAGCUGAAGGCGACCCACCCGCACAGGGAGAGGGAGUACAGCAGGAUGAUCGGCGACGCCUGGAACCGCCUCGCCGCCGACGACAAGAUGGUUUACUACAGGCACAGUGCAGAGGACAAGGAGAGGUACAAGAGGGAGAUGCAGGAGUACAACGAGAGGCUCAAGCUUGCGCCGUCAACAAUGGCUGGAUGAUCAGCUGAAUGAUAAGGUCUUUUGGGCACGCAGAGCAGUGUG